AUGAUAUGUUCACCAUGCAUUGCUACAUCAGAUGUCAUAUCAACGACAGGUGAGAGAGAGGGCUGCUCCGGCUGUCGUAAAUGGAAUUCUCCGGCGUUGUUAAUGGUUGUCGACAUAAUAGAAAAAGGUUUGGUCAUCGGUAUUCGGUGGUGGCUACAUAUUGACAUAGUUUUGACGAUAUUGGGAGAGAUUGGGGGAGUGAGGGUGCGAAGAUCGGGGGGAGUGAGGGUGAGACGAAAGAUAUUAGCUAAUUCCAAGCCUUGUCCAAAGUGCAAGCGCCCAAUCGAGAAGAACCAAGGUUGUAUGCAUAUUACAUGCACACCACCUUGUAAAUUCGAGUUUUGCUGGCUCUGCCUUGGUGCAUGGUCAGAUCAUGGUGAGAGAACAGGUGGUUUUUAUGCAUGCAACCGUUAUGAGGCAGCAAAACAAGGGGGAGUGUAUGACGAAACUGAGAAACGAAGAGAGAUGGCCAAGAAUUCUUUAGAAAGAUAUACUCAUUAUUACGAGAGAUGGGCUACCAACCAAUCGGUAGGUUAA